AUGAAGCACAUUUUCAAGAAGCUUCACAUAGGGAACACCCACGAGUCAGCGAAUCGAUCGAACGAAACCCCCGAUUCUCCUUCACCUUCGCAAUCGUGCGCGUCCGAUCACCGGGCGGCUUCAUCGUCAGCUUCUUCGGCGGCAGCCGCUCCGGGUAGCCCUCCGCUUUCCACUCCUCCGGCGUCGGCACCUGCUUCUACUGAUGCGGCGGCGGCGGCGGCGUCACCGAUGACUGAGCCGUCGCCUGUUACGAACACGAACGGUGUUGGCAGCAAUAUUGGCGCGGACUACUUCACUUCCGAGGAGGAGUUUCAGAUGCAGCUGGCACUAGCGAUUAGCGUUUCUUCCAAUUCGGAGGCUGGGAGGGAUGAUCGGGAGAAGGAUCAGAUCCGAGCGGCUACUCUACUGAGCUUGGGAGGGAAUCGUCAUCAUUGCAUGGACGGAACGGGAGAGAAAGGAGAAGCUGCGGCGGAGUCCUUGUCGAGACAGUUUUGGGAAUAUAGCGUGCUGGAUUACCAAGAGAAGGUUGUAGAUGGGUUUUAUGAUGUCUUCUCCACAAGUUCAGAAAAUCAAGGGAAGAUGCCUUCUCUUGUAGACUUGGAAACAAAUUCCGUCCCUUCUGGCUUUGAAGCAAUAGUAGUGAAUCGAUCGAUUGAUCAUAACUUGGAAGAGGUGGCACAGGUUGCUCAAUGUAUUUCAUUAGAUUGCCCUGCUACUGACAUUAGCAUUUUGGUCCAGCGACUGGCUGAACUCGUAACAGCGCACAUGGGUGGCCCUGUAAAGGAUGCUAACAUAAUGUUGACAAAGUGGAUGGAGAGAAGCAUCGAGUUGAGGACAGUUCUUCAUACAAGUGUGCUGCCCAUUGGUUCGAUAAAUAUUGGCCUAUCUCGCCAUCGUGCAUUGCUUUUCAAGGUAUUGGCUGACACUAUAAAUCUACCGUGUCGAUUGGUGAAAGGAAGUCAUUACACUGGAGUUGAGGAUGAUGCUGUGAACAUUAUCAAGUUGGAGGAUGAAAGGGAGUUUUUGGUUGACCUAAUGGCAGCUCCAGGGACAUUGAUUCCUGCUGAUAUUCUGAGUACCAGUAGAGUUCCCACUCCUUAUUCCUCUGAUUCUGGACUAGGAAGACCAAACUCAUUACCUGGUGAAGGGCCAAGUCGAAACUCUUCAUCGAGUGGUUGCUUGUCUAGGAGUGAAGAUGCUGGACCAUUAUAUUCAUACUCUGGUUCUAUAGGUGAUGCUGGUGUUGGUUCUUCCGGGUUAUCCAACAAAGCUACUCACUCCAAUCUACUGGAUAAGGAAAAUCAUGGAGGUCAUGCUGUUGCUGAUGGUAUUCGGAUUAAUGGUAAUGCUCCUUACAAUCAGAAUGGACCAGAAGAUUCUAAUAAUCUUUUCGCAGAUCUCAAUCCACUUCAGAACAAGGGUAAAAAAUUUGUACAUUCUAAACCUGGAGAUAAUAAGACCGAUGGCCUGAGGAAUGAUAUUGUACCUGGUCGACCCCCUGCACCAUUGAUGUGGAAGAGCCGAUAUGCAAACAACGAGGUACCCAGGAACAAGGAAUAUGAUUAUAUGGAUGGCCUUUUUCCGAGAAUUAACCGCGAACCAAAUAACUACAAUCAAACAUCCACAGCAUCCACCAGCUCCAAUGUUUCCCGGAACGCAUAUGCUCAGAAUUCUAAGCCAUCUGUAACUUCCAAUCAAGCCAGUAGGGGUAGUGAGCCAAGAAAUUUGUAUACUGGUUCCAGUUCAGCAGUGGCAUCUGGUGUUAGACAAUAUCAAAAUCGACCCAUGGGCCAGGCAGUAGACUUGGGUUUUGAAGUUGAAAAUCAAAGAGAUGCUAGUAAUUGGCAAAACAGCGCCAUAUCGAAGGAUGAUGAAGAUGGUGAAAAUAGUGCUCUGGAUCCAAGGAAGAUGACAAGUGACAUGUUUUUUGGCAGCAAUUUGAAACUAAAGGAUCUGGAAAGUCCUAGCUCAUCACUUGAGUCGAGCAUGAGCAACAGGGUGGAGCAUGGUUUGGAUGAUGUAGAUGUUGUGGAAUGUGAGAUUCCUUGGGAAGAGAUGGUCAUUGGCGGGAGAAUCGGACUAGGUUCAUAUGGUGAGGUUUACCAAGCUGAUUGGAAUGGCACGGAGGUUGCUGUCAAGAAGUUCCUAGAUCAGGGUUUCUCCGGAGCAGCUUUGGCAGAAUUUAAAAGAGAAGUGCGGAUAAUGCGCAGAUUGCGUCAUCCAAAUGUGGUUCUUUUCAUGGGUGCUGUUACUCGUCCUCCAAAUCUCUCCAUAAUUACUGAAUUUCUCCCCAGGGGAAGCUUAUACCGAAUUCUCCACCGUCCUCAGUGUCAGAUUGAUGAGAGGCGCAGAAUAAAAAUGGCUCUUGAUGUGGCAAGAGGUAUGAACUGCUUGCAUAGCAGCUCACCAACAAUUGUUCACAGGGAUUUGAAGUCCCCUAAUCUGUUGGUGGAUAAAAACUGGAAUGUUAAGGUUUGUGAUUUUGGUUUAUCACGCUUAAAACACAACACAUUUUUGUCAUCCAAAUCAACAGCCGGAACGCCUGAAUGGAUGGCACCUGAAGUACUUCGCAACGAGCCCUCGAAUGAGAAGUGUGAUGUAUAUAGUUUUGGAGUGAUUCUAUGGGAGCUUGCAACGAUGAGAAUCCCUUGGAGUGGGAUGAAUCCGAUGCAAGUUGUGGGUGCAGUUGGCUUCCAGAACCGUCGACUUGAAAUACCGAAAGAACUAGAUCCCUUAGUUUCGAGAAUCAUUUGGGAAUGUUGGCAGACGGAUCCGAAUCUGAGGCCGUCAUUUUCACAGCUUACAGUAGCUCUAAAGCCGCUGCAGCGGCUUGUUGCUCCUCUUCAGAUGGACCAGCCAAGUUCAGGUUUGCAGCAGCAGGAUGUACCAGUAAAUUUCAAUCCUUGA